AUGCCGUCCCGCAAGCCUACGCUGGUGCUGUCCACACCCGUCACGGCAUCGUUUCCCGCCGAGGCGCUCAUGUCGGCUGCCUCGGUGCGCACGCCGCACUCGGCUAUCUCGACGUCCUGGCGGGAGUCGGCAGCUUUGCCGUCGGCUGGUCUGCCCUCUGCUGGACUUCAUUCUGCUGGGCUCCCCUCUGCUGGGCUCCCCUCUGCCGGUCUCCCAUCUGCGGGGCUUCCGUCGGCUGGCCUCCAUUCGGCGGGUCUUUUGUCGGCGGGCCUCUACUCGCCCAUUGUCGCUAUCAAGACCGAAGAAGGCUUGAUGAAGACGCCCUUGUCACCGCCCGUCGCCUACAUGGAUUUCUUGAAGCUGGCCAGCCCCAGUGCCACCAGCCCCUGCACUAGCAGCCCGGUCACCACCACAUCAGCUGCCGCCACCGCGGACACUAGCACACAUACGGGCAGUCGCUCAAAUCACACCCGGCCGCGCAUGCUUCACCGUGCCUCGAUAUCCGGACCGGUCAAGAUCACGGCGAGCAAUCUCGGCUCAACAAAACCCACUGCCGGGGUGAAGUCCGCUGCUGCUGCUGCCGCCGCUGCCGCCGCCACGGCAUCGUCGACAUCACUAGCGUCUACGUCGUCUGCAUCCAACUCAGACACCGAAUCUUUGGGCAACGACGCCGAGGACAAGGACACCCUCGACAGCGGACCGUCCACGGCGUCCAGCAACGCCACAGACUGCUGUACAUGUGAGCACAGCCACGAAAGAGCACACAAGUCACCCAAGAUAGCACGCAUCGACACGGCCAUUCCCGCCAGCGCCUUUUCCCCGAGCAGCAUCCCCACAUCGGCCCCGCCCAUCGGCCGCACGACCUUCCCGAGUCUCAAGAUCCCCAUCUCACCGGCCAUCUCCAACACCAACUCGCCCAUCCGGUCGCCGUUCAGCGCCAAGUCCACGAGCAUCACGUCACCGUUUGACUGGGAGUCGGCGCUCAAGGCGCGCUAUGCCGAGUUCAAGGCGCCACCGGCCAAGUCGCACGCGCAUGCCCUUGCACAGGCCAAGGCGCCUGUCCCAGCACCUGCUGCAGCUGCUACUGCUACUGCGUCGGCUUCCGCAUCGGCGCCUGGCUGCGCCAAGUGCUCAAACAAGGCCGUCCCAUCCAGCACGUCCACGUCCACCACGACGUCCAUGGCCGCCUCGGCCAGCAACGCCGCCAAAACCAGCAUCCGCCAUAUCCGCGAAGUCGUCACGCGCACGGUGACAUAUACGCCGCGUGUGGAUCCGCCACGCAUGAACGCACCGCCCAAGGGCAAGAAGCGGAAGAUUGAUUGCGACGAUUCGGCGUGA